AUGGCCACCUCAAACCCCAUCACCUUCCCCUUCGCAACAGAAGCCUACAUCGCCCGCCCCAACGCCCCCUCCCCUCCCGUCCUCGAACCCAUCACCUACUCCGCCCUCCAACCCACCGAAGUCCUCGUCUCCAUCGCCGCCGUCUCAAUCUGCCACACCGACCUGCGCGCCAUCUCCGGCGACUUCCAUCUCAAACCGCCCAUGAUCCCCGGGCACGAAGGCUCCGGAACCGUCCUCGCCACGGGCUCGCAAGUCACGUACGUCGAGGCCGGGGAUUCGGUCGUGCUGGCGUAUGCGUCUUGUGGGCGGUGUAGAAGGUGUGUGCUGGGAAAGAAUGCUUUCUGUGAUGGGUUGGUGGGGAUGAAUUUUGCGGGGAGUGGGGAUGGGGUUGUGAGGGAUGGGGAUGGGGGGCAUGUUAAGGGGGGGUUCUUUGGGCAGAGUAGUAUGAGUCGGGUGGCGCUUGUGCAUGAGAGUAGUUGUGUUAAGGUGGAUGUUGAAGACAAGAGGGAGUUGGAACUGUGUGCCUCGCUCGGUUGCGGCAUCCAAACGGGUGCUGGGUCGAUAUUAAACAUCGCCAAACCCACCCCCUCUUCCAAAAUCGUGAUCUUCGGCGCCGGCGCCGUCGGCCUCUCCGCCCUCCUCGCCGCAAAACUCACAUCCCCCUCGCACCUAAUCCUCAUCGACAAGUCCCCCACCAAACUCUCAAACAUCCACCCCUCCCUCCUAACUAACGUCCACGUCCUCGACACUUCAACCCACAAAACCCCCACAGAAACCGCCUUGGCGAUCAAAGCCCUCACUCCCGGCAAUAUGGGCGUCGACUACGCCCUCGAAUGCAUCGGCAACGAGUCCUGCAUCCUCGCCGCGCACGCCUGUCUCGACACGCUGGGGACGCUGAUCACGGUGGGGUCGUCGGCGACGGCGAAGCUGAAUAUCGGGAUCGGGACGCAUUUGAUCCGGGGCAUUACGAUUCGGGGCACGCAUCAGGGGGAUUCGGUCAGUCGGGUGAUGGUUCCGGAGUUGGUGGGGUUGUGGAAGAGGGGGGUUUUCCCUUUUGAGUUGGUGGUGGAGAGGUUUGGGUUUGGGGAGUUGGGACGCGCGGUUGGGGAGAUGAGGAGUGGGAGGGUUGUGAAGCCGCUUUUGGUUGCGUGA